UCCCGGGCAACAACGGUGGCCGGGCUGCGACAUGGAGCCGAGGCUCGUCAAGCCGCCGGGGCAAGACCCUGCUGUGGAGCGUCUCAAGAGCCGCUACGGGCUGGCGGGCAGCGCCGUCGCUGAGGGCCGGUCUCGGCGCCGGGCCGGGGACGCGCGGGAGGAGCAGGCGUGGCCCGGGUUUGACUUUUCGAAUGUUAGUCAGGCUAAAUGUAAGAGAAGAUAUCUAGCCUCCCCAGAUGAUUUUGAUACCUAUUCUUCUGGAGAUAAAGUUUGUUCAGCAUCACGAUGUUAUUCUGAUGAAAACAAGUAUUGUAGGACACCUCUUACAGGUUCAUUCAAGCACUUAAAUAUAAAUAGCCUAGAUGAUGAUCUGGAAUCUUUUCGAGAGUUAAAGCAAUUGGAAAGAGAAGAAUUAAUUGAAAACGAUCACAGAGUUACUACCUCCAAUAUAAAUAAGUUGUCUUUUAAAGAAACCGAAAAAGUUGCCCAGCCAAUUAGUUUGACCUUAAAUUCAAGAAAUUGCACUGAAUAUUUUAGUGAUGCAUGUGAUUCUCCUUUGAAACGUACUGCUUCACCAACAUCUAAAGGAUCAAAUAAGCAACCUUUACUUCCACAUCAAAUCAAUCAGAUAUAUGAUGAGUUAUUUCAAAUACAUCAGAAGCUACAGUGUGAAACUGCAGUGCAACAGGAGUUUGCUGAAGAACUUCAAAAGCGAGAAUGCUUUUUAAUUGAAAGAGAACAACGGCUUUUCAGACAUGAAGGUGCUUUGAGUAAAAUCAAAGGUGUCAAAGAAGAGGUUCUAACAAAAUUUCGUAUUAUAAAGGAGCAACAUGAUGCAGAAGUUCAACAUUUAGCUGAAGUUCUGAAAGAGAAAAAUAAAGAAAACAAGAGGCUGAGGUCUUCUUUUGAUGCAUUGAAAGAAUUGAAUGAUAACUUAAAAAAACAGUUAAAUGAAGUAAGUGAAGAAAACAAGAGGAUGGAGAUACAGGCUAAAAGAGUUCAAGCUCGUUUAGAUAAUUUACAGAGGAAGUAUGAAUUUAUGACAGUACAGCGCUUGAAAGGAAAUUCUCAUGCUGCUCAUGAAAUUAAAAGUUUGAAACAAGAAAAAGUGCCAGUUUCAAAAAGUAAUAAGGUACUGCUUAAUGGCCAAGUUUAUGAACUCUUAACAGUCUUCAUGGACUGGAUUUCAGAUCAUCAUCUUAGCAAACAGAAAAAUGAAGAAUCUGGAUUGGAUGGUGAAAAACCACUGCUCAAAUUUGCUUCUCAGAAAACUGGUAUUCAAGAAAAGUGUGUAAAGCUUUUGCCUACGAUAACAGAGCAGCUACAGUGGAUGCCAUUUGUGAACGCCAAACUUCAUGAACCUUUUGUAAAAUUUAUAUAUUGGUCUCUAAGGCAGCUAGAUACAGGAACACAGCAUUCAACUAUGACAUCAACAUUGAGAAGACUGGGUGAAGAUAUAUUUAAAGGAAUAGUAUCUAAGGGAAUUCAGGAUAAUUCACUAGAGAGUUCUGUGGAGAGUAAACCAAAGACAGCUGUUUUCUUUAAGAGCACUAAUUUACAGUUGAGAUUCUUAUCAACCUUAAUUGUUCUCAAAACGGUCACUCAAGCGGAUUACUUGGCUCAGGCAUUUGAUUCUCUUUGUUUGGACUUGAAGACGGAUGAAGGAAAAGUCUUGUUUUUGGAGUAUCAAGCUGUUCCAGUAAUAUUAAGUCAUCUAAGAAUAUCUAGUAAAGGACUCCUUUCCAAUGUCAUUGAUAGUUUGCUUCAGAUGACAGUGGAAUCUAAGUCUUUGCAGCCUUUCCUAGAAGCCUGUAGCACCACUUUAUUUUUUCGUACCUGUUCUGUGUUGCUUCGAACUCCUAAGCUUGAUCUUCAAAUACUAGAAAAGCUCAGUAUCAUUCUACAGAAACUUUCCAAAAUCAAGAGUAAUAAGAAGCUCUUUGAACUGUUUACUAUUCAUCUGAUGCUUCAAGAAAUACAAAGGACAACACAUCCAGAGCAUGCCUUUCUCUGUAUUAACCUAAACUCAACGCUGUUCAAUUUGGGUUUAACAAAAUGUAAUUCUCUAACCUCCAAUCCAUGUCAUUAGACUGGCUGUUUAUUAUUACUGUUAGCAUUCUUAAAAUGCUAUAUGCCAUAUUUGUAAGGUUGUAAAUCACCAAAUUAACUAAAAGCCUACCAAGUAAAGAUAUCAGUAGCAUUAUUUAUCAUGAAAAAAGUAGAAUUUUUACAUUUUAAAGUGAAAUUUGUAGGAACUAUGAUAUUUUUGAAAUAUUUCAGUUUAACAAAUUAAUACUAACAAA